UUUCUUUUUAGAACAAGACGUAAACAGGGCGUAGCUAACAUUAGCUAAAUAGAAAAGACGAUAGGGGUGUAUCAAGUGGAAAACUGUUAUCUUGGACAACGGUUUAGAGUGAUUUAUGUUUUCAAGCAAACGGGAUAUAAAAGAGACCAACAUGAGUAGUUCUAGUAGACCUGACAGACACAGGACACCAGCGUUCACCAGGGCGAUGCAUCUCGGGACAUCAAAGCUUGACCUGGAGAGAGAUUCGGGCUUCUCAGACGCUAGCUCUGAGUACCUCAGCACAGUCGAUCUGACUGAAUCUGAAGGAGCUGGAGGGACGCGGUCCGUAUUCAGCCAGGACCCUACUGGUUCUCAAUUGGCUGUGAUGGGAGGCUCAUAUGCGGGACUAUCUCCAAUGAUCAUAAUGAACCACUUUGUCCCAAAUCAGCAGCCCCUGAUGGCUCCAGCAGAAAAACAGUGGGGCUUUCCUUCACCCUUGGAACUCAUGCCUCAAUCACAGGUGGUUCUUCUCCAACCCAUGGUAUCGAAUGGCAGCAGCAACUCUCCAAAGACGUGCGCUGAAAACGUCGGACCGUUGAAAGGCCACAUGCCAACUCCCAAAUCAUACCCUAGAAUUGCCCCUCAGCCUGCAGACCUGCCCUCUAAAAGGGUGGGAUCCUCCAGGAUGAAGGGGUGUUCAACUUCAGGUCAUGACCAGCAACAGAGAAAGCACCACCACAGCCACAGGCCCUACAGCUCCCCCGGCCCGCAGGCCAACGCCAUCCCCACUUUUGAAGCGGGACACGACCACACACAGACUGAUGAUAAUCAGGAGCAGCUCAGUGAAAAGUCGCUCUACCUGCUGGCAGACACCAGCGCUCUGCUCUCCUGUACAGAUGAAUUCAAGCCAGAGGUGGGCAGUGACAGGAACCAUGCUGACGAAUGCCAGCAGGACCUCUCCAUGGACAGCAACAAACGGAAGCGCUUCAGUAACACCUACAAUAUUCUCAACAAGUCAGGCUUGCUGGGGAUCACCAUGCGCACAAAGCAGCUAAUGAAGGAGAACAGGCGUACUCAGUGCCAGCUGCAGCAGCUUCGAGAACAGACUGCCCUGCUGCUGGAGGCUCUGAGCAGCAAGGACCCGCAGCUCUGGACUAAACUUCAGCACUCUCUGCAGAGCUCAGACAAGGAGCAUUUGGGAACCAAAGCUCAGAUAAUCCUGGCAUAAUUUAGUGAAUUUUGUGCACGUGACCAGUGAUUUCAAAUCUGGGGAACAAAAGAAAAUGAUUUUACUUAAUGAGAUGAAAGAAAACAUGAAGAAAAGCUUUUUUUUGGUCGGCCCUAAUCCAGUAAGCAAUGCAGCAUCAAACAUUAUCACGAAACCAACAUAAACUGAACUGAACCUAAUGCUUUAAUGCUUUUGUCAGGAGGUUGUACGGUCGUCAUCUUUGGAACAAACCCUUCAGAGCUGCUGGUUUAAGCUCAAAAUAUCAAGCUGCAGUGCAUCCAUUAUUAUACCAAGGUAGCAUUAUUACAUUUCAAACUUUUGUUUAUGAUAUUUUCUCUGGUUUCCGAGAAGCAAAAGGAAUUUUUUAUAUGGAACUCCUAACUACAUAGGUGCACGUCUUUAGAGCAGUGGUUCUCACACUUUUUUAUACCACCUGAGAAGAUACUGAGCUGUUUUAAGUCACAGGAGGCAGAUUUAAUCCCAGUAAGAUCAUUUGCUCUGCUCUGCGAGAGAUAAGGUGACUCUAAUUAUUAUUAUUAUUUUAUUAUUUCUUAAAUUUUUUCGACACACUUUUUCUCCGAGUGCCGCCAGAGGAAGCUCACGUGCCACAGUUUGAGAACCACACAUGAGGGCACGUGGUUGUUAAUUCCUCACACAUGCCCUGACUCUCUUAUCUGUAGAGACAAUAUAGUUGAUCUUGACUGAAAUUGUGAUUAUUUAUUUAUUUAGUUUUCCCCAAAAAAAACGUUUUGUGAGAUUACAUUAUAAGAGUGGUACCAUGUUUUCGUGGUUCUUUUUUAAUUCAGCCAACAAAGCACCGUUCAGAUUGAGAGGGAAGCUCCAGGCGGUGCUGAUAAAGAACCUUUAUCCAAAGAUUCAUAAUCACAAACAGCAGUCAGAGCCUUCCUCUUAGGGGCUUUCAGUCACAUUGUCUGGGAAUAAAAGCAACAAUAACACUGAGGCCCAGCAGGGUAACCAACACUUAACAACCUGUGUGUUUGGUUUCAGAGCCAGCGCUGUGUGUGUGUGUGUGUAGAGGGAAGCCAAAGCAUAUCUAGCAUCUUGUUGAUAUCACUUCACCUCCUGCCCCAGCUGAGCCCCCCCACCCCAGAGAGGUCAACACAUCUUUAUUUCUCGAAUUAUGGUAUGUAAAUCACAUUUUAAAAAGUGCACUAAAAGCUAACUUACUUGGCACUACUCAUAAAUAAAAUUGAGAAAAUAAUACCACUUUUUAUUUCAAGCCUCUCUUUUUUAAGGCACGUUUUGAAAGAUGUGGGAAUGUAGAAGUUUGCCGGGACUGAACUCCCUUGUCGUGAGGUGUUGUCGCCUUAUUAUUGUCUUUGAUUUCGCUUAUGUCGCUGCCAAUGUAAUUCACGUUUUUGUCGCGUCGAGCAACGUAUGAUGUCGUAUUAAAGUGAGGCACAAAGACUAAAGGACAGAACGGCUGAAUAUUAAUCGUUAAAUCUCCUAAACUCUUGCACUUUAGCUGAAAGAUUACUGACUAAUGUUGGCCCGUUUAUUGAGCAUCGUGGGUUGAUGAAGUAAUGUGAAUAUAAAUGUUUAAGUAGAUGCGUGUGCCGUUUUUUUAAAAAUGUCUUGUUUGUCCAUAUCCAUGCUUUGUGACAGACUUGUGGAAAGAAAGUUGACUUUACUUAAAGGUCUCCAAUGAAUUAAGAUUAUUAUUUGAAUUUGACUCUUUUCUUUUACAUCUCAAAGAUAAUUAUUAAGAGAGAUAUUGUCAUAAAUGGUUGAGAAAGUGCAGGUUUAUACUGUAUUAUUUAUUUAAAGAACUACUGUUGUAACUUUAAAGAGAUAAUCAUUUUUUGUUUUAAGGGGGAAAAUUCCUUCACGUUGCUUAUUUUGUGUGUUAUUGCGAAACAUGCUUUCUGCAAUUUUUGUUAAACAAAAGACACUUUUACUAAUAAUGAAGUUUCAUUCAAUAAAAUCCUCUCCUCAUA